UAUAAGAAAUUGUUAUCUUUCAAUUGGUUGAGAUUCUUUUACACUUAAUUAUAUUCUUCGAUUAGGAGGUCAUAUAUAUUAAUACUAGUUAUUUAACUGCAUUGCUUGUACUUUACAUAUGAUGCUAUCUUUUUUUGUUUUUGUUGGUGCUGUAAAUCUACGAUAUGUACAUUUGAAACUACAAAGUGCUUGUUAAAUGGAUAAGGCUGAUCAUGAAGAAAGUUUUUUGGUCCCCAAUAUGGAAGACAUCUUUAAUUGUGAAUUCCCACUAAACCUUUCCUUUAAGUUCGGGGUCGAUAAUCAGGAAAAUCUGUUAACCCUUGAAAACCAAGAACAUAUAUUAACAGUUUUGAGGGAGGAUUGGAAAAGACGACAGAAAUUAUGCACCAUUACACUGAUAUGUUACAUUGUGCACAUGUUAUAUUUAUUGAGAUUUAUGUCUACGCGGGUUGACAAAUCCAUUUCCCAUAAAUUGGUUGGGCGAGAACAAAUUCGAGCUACUUUAAUGCAACAGUUAAGAGAAACUCAUAGGUGUCGUGACAUCCUACGCAUGGGCCCUGAUGCAUUUCUUCAAUUGUGUGAGAAAUUAAGAGCAACAUGUCAAGUGAGGGAUACAAAAUAUGUUACAGUAGAGGAGCAAGUUGCUAGGUUCUUGUAUAUAAUAGCUCAUAAUGUGAAAACUAGAACCGUUUCUUUUUUCUACCACCGGUCUGGAGAAACUGUUAGCCGCCACUUCCAUGCUGUGUUACGGGCAAUUAUUUUACUAGAAGAUGAAUUUCUUCGACAACCAUCUGCAUCCAUUGUUUCUCCGGCGAUCCUUCACAAUCAUAGAUUUUAUCCUUAUUUCAAGGACUGUAUUGGAGCUAUAGAUGGAACACAUUUUCGUGUCAAAGUACCCAUAGCGGAUCAACCUAAAUUUCGAGGGAGAAAAGACUGGCCGACACAGAAUGUAUUAACUGCAUGUGAUUUUGAUAUGAAGUUCACUUAUGUAUUAACAGGUUGGGAAGGAACAACAUUUGACUCAAAAGUUCUUAAGAAUGCAUUAUCGAGAAGUGAUAAUCUUAAACUUCUACGAGAUCCUGAUCCACAUCUCAUAGCUCAAGUUAACCGAGAACUACAAGAAAAUAAUCCAGAAGAGGAUGAAGUAGUUCGACAUGAACAAGAUGAAGACUAUAGGCGGGGGGCCAUAUUAAGGGAUGAAAUAGCUGCUCAAAUGUGGGCUGACUAUCAACUAGGACUCUGA